GAUGUUUUGGCCUACAACUCCCAUGAUCCCUAGCUAACAGGACCAGUGGUCAGGGAUGAUGGGAAUUGUAGUCCAAAACAUCCGGAGGGCCGAAGUUUGGGGAUGCCUGGGCUAGCACGUCAAAAUGCAAGUAGAUAAAUAGGAACCGCUACAGCAGGAAGGUAAACGGCAUUUCCAUGUGCUGCUCUGGUUUGCCAGAAGCGGCUUUGUCAUGCUGGCCACAUGACCUGGAAGCUGUACGCCGGCUCCCUCGGCCAAUAACGCAAGAUGAGUGCCGCAACCCCAGAGUCGGUCACGACUGGACCUAAUGGUCAGGGGUCCCUUUACCUUUACCUUUAAGAAUGUGACUACGCUGUCAUCCUCAGCAGAACAAAGAGACCUGAAAGCUCAUUUUUAUUGUAUAAUCUUAGAAGGAGUGGUGAUGUGACCAUAGCUGGCAAGUUAUCCCUUUUUUAAAGGGAUUUUCCCUUAUGCUGAAUAGGCUUCCUCGCGAGAAAAGGGAAAACUUGGCAGCUAUGGAUGUGACUGUCAUGAAGGGACCCUUUGCUUCUGAAUUUGCCACCAGGCAACUGCUGUUAAAGUGGUAUAAGAGUGCUUUAAAAGCAUGGUGUGGAUCCUACCUGAGAGAAAUCAGAACUGACAGGUUCACCCACAUCUUCGCUCAUGUAAAACUCCGCCGGAUGGGGACAAAACUAGAUUUAGAUGGCUGUGCCUGUCAUUGGCUCCCUGACUUCUGCCAUUGGGCAGCAGCCACCACAGCCUGGGCUUUCUAGUAAUCUGAGAGAGAACUGGUUUAUUUCCUGUUUGCCGCUGGCUGGAACUCCUCCUCUUGGCUGCCAUGACGGACCAAACGUACAGAAAGUGCAUCGUUGAUUCUGUAGCGUCUGACUCAUGGUUUGGGUUUAUGUGGUAAGAACAGAGCCCUUGCUGGCUUCCUCAAAAUAUAACUACCAAAAACACUAGAAGCCCCUUUAGUUCCUUCCUGUGCAGUGUGUAGCAGGAAGAAAAAGAUUAAAGGGGGUUAAACUUUAAGAACAGAGGAAGAACUCUGUAGCACUGAACUGAAAGGUCCAUUGAGUAAAAGUAUCCUGUUUCCUCAAACCAGGCAUGGUAAGAGAUAUGGUCCCCGGUUGUUAUUACCCGGGUCCCCUCCCAGCAUCCUUCGUAUUGUACAUUUAUAAUGAUUUGUGCUCAUGUUGUUAUCAGCUACCCCGCUUUUGAUCCUGUCUGAGCCUGCAAAAGUUUUGGGGCAGACAUCCUGCUUCGUUUCCUGCAUGUUCCAUAACUUUCUGCUGAAAUUCUGUAACUUUUCAUACCACAAUUGUUCUGGUUUAAUUUUAUAAGCGUCCUGCUUCUGUUCCCCCUGUAGAACAAGAGUGCCCACCCCUCCUGGUAGCAAUAAUGUGGUACCAUUUAGGGGGCAUAUCACAGAACGUGAAAUGAAACAGAAUGAUGACCCGUCCAGUAUAAACCCUCUACCAAUACACUGUCACAUUGCAGUGCAUUGCUAAAGUCUGGAACUCCCUCCCAAAGGAGGCACUGGUAGCCACUAACUUGGAAGGCUUUAAGAGAGGCAAAAUCAUGGAGCACCAGACUAUCAGUUGCUAUUAGUCAUGAUGGCUAUGUUCUGCCUCCAUAACCAGAAGUCGUAAUGCUUCUAAAUACCAGUUGUUUGAAGCCGCAGGAUGGGAGAGUGUUGCACUUAGGUCCUGCUUGCAGGAUUCCCAUUGUGUCAUGAACUGGCUGGAUGCAAAUGAGAGGUGGGGGGCAUCAGCAAGGGGUACCCCCCAGGGGAAGAAGGCUCAGAGCCAGGGGGUUGAUGGUGGGAUGGUGAUGUGUGGUCAGAAGGAGAAGAGGGACAGAGAGCAUUCCAGGCUCAGAGGCAGAAGAGGAGGGGGGGGGAUGGACAAGAGGCAGCGAUGAGGAAGGCCAUUGAAGAAUCCAGGGAGUCUCCCCCUCCUGCUGCAAGCAGCUCCCCCAAACCGACCCGGUCUCCCAGAACACGCAGAGAGAUUGGUUGUGCUCAGAGGCAGUCUCUGCCCUGGAGAGGAUGGAACUUAGGCAGCUGUGGGAAGGCAGGGACCUUCAGUCCUGACAGCUGCCUCAUUGGGGCAACACAUACGGGGAAGAGUUGGUAGGAUUACUGGCCUGCACUGUUUUGGUUGCUUUGAAUAAAGAGUUAACUUUACUGAGACCAUCUGACCUACGCUUAACUCUGGUUCCUGAUACACUGGGACAUCUGGUUGGCCAACAUGAGAAUGGAAUGAUGAUGAUGAUGAUUAUCUUAAUGUUUUUAUACAGCUCUGCUUAUGUUCUUAUGCUUCAAGCCAGGUAUGGGGAACCCUUGGCCCUCCAAAUGUUGCUGAACUACAACUCCCACCAUUGUUUGCUACUGGCCAUGUUUGAUGGGACUUAAGAGAGUUGUAGUUCAACAACAUCUGGUGGGCCAAAAGUUCCCCACUCCUGGAAUGAGUUAUAUUCAGAGUAAACCCUUUGUCCAUUAGCUUCAAUGCGGCCUGUAAUGAGUUUGUACAAAAGAUCCCAGGUUCAGUUCCUGAAAUUUUCAGUUAACAGGAAAAGACCCCUUGUCUUAAAAUUCUGGAGAGCCAUUGCCAUUCACCGUAGACAAUGCUGAGCUAGGUAGAGCGAUGGUCUGACUUGGCAAAGGCAGCUUUCUAUGUUACCUAUAUAUAAGGCUGGCCCACCUGCUUGCCUUCUUUCUUAUAACCAAUCAGGUGGUGGUGCUGCCUGUCAUUGGCUCUUUCUCCACCUAAUGUUCAUCUCCCUGCCUCCUGCCCUACAGCGGAGGCUGGUCUAUUAGGGUGAAUGGGUAACUGCCCCACCAACCUCAGUCAGCAUUCACUCGGCAGCCUUCUUACAGCCAGUCCAGAGGGUUGGUCCUGCCUGUCACCUUCCUCUUCCUUAUUGUCAUCAUUGCCCUUGUAGAACUCAGCAGGGAGGAGGAGGAUGGGGCCUAAGAUAAAGUGGCUUGGCUCUGCCUGUCAUUGGCUGUGCCUCCACCUAUCAUGGGAUCUGGCUCCACCUACUGUUGCCCCCCCUUCCUCCUGCCCUUCCAGCCCCUAUGUGUACCAGCCACCACUGCUAUUUCCUCGGGAGAUUGCAAGUGACUGGAAAUGGCAGGGAAGCAGAGCUCAGGUGAACGUUAAGAGAACUGUCCUGACGAUAGGAAAGCGAGACCCACUGCAAGAGCUCACAAUGGAGGGCCGGAAGCAGGCUUUGAAAAGCCCCCAGAAGCUCUCUCUGCUCUCGUCCCCAGUGCGGGCUGCCAUUCGCCUGCGGAGGACAGCUCAUGCCUUUAAGAAGAACUUCCUGCCUGGGGACUCCAAAGCGAAGCUUCUCCAGAGGCAGGUCUCCUUGGGGAGGGCCAGGCUGGGCAGUGCCUCCGCCUCCCUCUUGAGCCAAGCGAGCUUUGAGAGUUCUCAGUACUUCACUUUUGAUACCUCGGUGCAGGAGCCCUCAACAAGAUCCAGCAAGCGGAAGAAGAGGUGCAAGAACCCCAGAGUAUUGUACCCAGGAAACUCCAGGAAAUACCUCCCUGCCGAGCACAAGAGCAAAGCCAAGAGGUGCCUCCUGUUGCUCGUCGGAAUUGUCUGCUUCCAGAUCCUGAAUGCCAUUGAGAAUUUGGACGAUAACCUCCUGAAAUAUGACCUGGAUGGUCUGGAGAAGACAAUGCACCGGGAGGUUUUUGGGCAGGCCUUAGCCAUCGAGAGCAUUGUGGCAUUGCUCAAGGACUACCUGGCCACCCACAUACACAACAAACCACUGGUCAUCUCCUUCAAUGGCCCAAGCGGGGUUGGGAAGAGCCACGUCGGUUGGCUGCUAGCCAAACAUUUCAGGUCAGUCAUGGGGCAGAGCUCUGUGCUCCAUUACUUUGCCAUGUACCACUGCCCGGACAGCGCUUCCACAUCAGCCUGCCAGCAAGAUUUAUCUAAGACGAUCAGCGAGAUGGUCACCCAAGCCGAAAUUGAAGAGAAGAUCCCCGUGUUUAUCCUGGACGAGGUGGAGUUCAUGACUACGGCCUUGCUGGAAACACUGGGUGGGUUCUUUCAGACAAACCAAACCAACGAGUUCCUCAAUGCUGUGUACAUCCUGAUAAGCAACCUGGGGGGUAACGAGGUUGUCAAUGUUCUCCUUCAGAAUGCCUCUAGCGACCUACUCCUGCAGCCCCAGAGGAAGGUGGAGUUGCUGCAGGCUGCUCUCCGUCCUGUCCUUGACCAAGUCCACCCUCUUUGGAUGUUGGCGGAGAUCGUUCCCUUCGUCUUGCUGGAGAAGAGCCACAUCUUGAGUUGCUUCUAUGAGGAGAUGAUGAGCGAAGGCCUUUAUCCCGAUCCGAGCCACGUGGAGAGCUUAGCCAGCCAGCUCAACUAUUACACUCAAGGGGGCCAACAGUAUGCCAUCACCGGUUGUAAGCAAGUUGUAGCCAAGGUGAAUCUACUGUAAAGGAGAAGUGGGAACCUCUGACAAAAGUGCUGCCUCAUUAUGGAAGGGUGAACUGCAGGGGUCGAGAACUUUCAGCCCAUGGGCCAAAAGCAGCCUUCCAGGCUCCAUUAUCCCUCACAUGUACUGGGUUGACCAAUGUCUAGACUUGUUUGCAAAUGAAUAGGGAUGAGAGCAACACGGCUUUUGGUCGCCAGAAUGUACAACUAGGAAUCUAGGAAGCGAAGGACUUACACUUGAGCUUGCUUUUUUCCUCUUCCCUCCCAUUUCUUUUUUUUAACCUCACGUGUCGUGUCUUUUUAGAUUGUGAGCCUGACAGCAAAGGACUGCUUUAGUACUGAUAUUGUGAACUGCUCUGAGACCUCUUUCUUUCUUUCUUUCUUUCUUUCUUUCUUUCUUUCUUUCUUUCUUUCUUUCUUUCUUUCUUUCUUUCUCUAAAAGGUGGGGUGUGGAUGCCAUGUAUAAAUAAAUAUGUCUUUGGGGAGAGGGAUGAUUUUUCAACCACUUUAAACAGUCUUAUCAAAUGACACUCCCAGGACUUUUUGGGGGAAGCCAUGACUGUUUAAAGUGAUAUGAUACUGCUUGAAGUGUAUAAUGUGGAUGGAGCCUGAGGCAUUACUGGAGUUAAAGGAAAGGCAUAACUCUCAGGGUGUUAAUGUGAAGCAAGGCCAGUGAGAGGUGUGGCCAGGGGAGAGUUCUGAGGGCCAGGUAGAGAGGACAUGAGGGCCACAUUUGGUCCUCAGGCCCUGAGGUUCACCAUCCCUGCUAUAAAUGCUUUUGAAUCAUGCUUUUUCCCUUGAAGGGGCACCAGCAAGUUUCCAGUCUUGAACUGGUGGCUCCCAAGGGUUGAAACAGAAGAAAGCCUCUUUGAGUGAUGGUUAAAAGAGAAAAUCUUACACAAUUACGAGGAGAAACAAAGAUUAGAAUAUAACUGCAUUUAAUCCUGAUGGUUUUAAAUAAAAGUUGCCUCCAGAUGGAGGUUUCAUAUUGUAAACAGGUCAUUCAGAUAUUGCGAAUACCGUAAGUUGUCGGCAUUUUUUUUUUAAAAGACUUACUGGAUUUGCAGCCUCUAAAUCUGGAUUAAAUGGGAUGGCAGGAUACAAGCUGGCAUUUUGUUGCGGAUGUUGUCAUGUGGAUGCUAGAUAAAGCCAGAAUGGAUGAGGAGCACCGAUCCUAUCUGGAAGCCCCCAAGUUCUUUGCUGUUCCGUAACAUUGUCAAUUUAUAAAGCAGCGACGUUUUCUCGAAAACACGGUCAAAAAUUAAAUUAAAAAGUUGGAAAAAAUGUCAAUCUAAUCAUAUUAUCAGUACUGUAUUUAUUUUGGUUUAUUAGUAUUCUUUGAUAAAGAAGCAGCAAAAAUGGGUUGUAGUCAAGGCUAUUUGGAGCAGACACAUUGAAAUGCAUGAAUGUGACCCGUUAACACUUCUGCUUGUCCCAGCUCUUCCCCUGGGAAAACCCACUCUUUACCAAAUUGACACCAAAUUGGGAGGGGUGGCUAAUACCCCAGAGGACAGGAUCACACUUCAAAACGACCUUAACAGAUUAGACAACUGGGCCAAAGCAAACAAGAUGAAUUUUAACAAAGAGAAAUGUAAAGUACUACACUUGGGCAAAAAAAUUGAAAGGCACAAAUACAGGAUGGGAGACACCUGGCUUGAGAGCAGUACAUAUGAAAAGGAUCUAGGAGUCUUGGUAGACCACAAACUUGACAUGAGCCAACAGUUUGAUGCAGCAGCAAAAAAAGCCAAUGCAAUUCUGGGCUGCAUCAAUAGGAGUAUAGCAUCUAGAUCAAGGGAAGUAAUAGUACCGGUACCACUGUAUUCUGCUCUGGUCAGACCUCACCUGGAGUACUGUGUCCAGUUCUGGGCACCACAGUUCAAGAAUGAUACUGACAAGCUUGAAUGUGUCCAGAAGAGGGCAACCAAAAUGAUCAAAGGCCUGGAAACGAUGCCUUAUGAGGAACGGCUUAGGGAGCUGGGUAUGUUUAGCCUGGAGAAGAGAAGGUUAAGGGGUGAU